UACCCUCAUUUUCUCCUUCUUCGACACGCACGAGAGAGAGAUGUUUGCGGUGGAGAAUGGGUUGCAGGGAGACCCAAGACUGCAGACCAUCUCAGAUGCCAUUCGAGUCAUCCCUCACUUCCCUAAGACUGGGAUCAUGUUUCAAGACAUAACGACGCUGUUGCUGGAUCCAGUUGCCUUCAAACAUGUCGUUGAUAUCUUCGUGGAUCGUUACAAGCACAUGAACAUCUCUCUCGUUGCCGGCGUAGAGGCGAGAGGAUUCAUAUUUGGACCUCCCAUUGCAUUAGCCAUAGGUGCCAAGUUCGUUCCUCUACGUAAACCAGGAAAAUUACCCGGGAGAGUGAUAAGCGAAGAGUACGAGCUUGAGUAUGGAAAUGAUCGUCUAGAGAUGAGUAUGGAGGCUGUCAAAACCCACGAACGAGCUCUGGUCAUCGACGAUUUAGUUGCCACUGGUGGAACACUCUCCGCUUCUAUUAACCUCUUGGAGCGAGCAGGGGCCGAAGUUGUGGAAUGUGCAUGCGUUGUUGGUUUGCCUAAAUUCAAGGGGGAGUGUAGGCUGAAGGGGAAACCAUUGUACGUUCUGGUGGAGCCUAGCCAGUUAGACUAGCUAACCUUUGAAGCCUUUACGUGGUCAACAUCUCUAUCUAUUUCUCCAAAAUUCCAGCUAGAUGUAUUAUCAAUGGUUAUGACAAAUAAUAAUAUGAUUGGUGUAACCAGUCUAUAUGUAGUUAAAUUGUUCAAAUCUUAUUAUAAUACAUAUGGGGUGAUUCAUGCUA